AUGGAGAAGAGAACCUGGGAGAAGCUGAUGCUCAUAGCUUGUGCUAUUAUUGCCUUUGAGAACCCUGCUGAUGUCAGCAUCAUCUUCUCCAGGAGCAUUGGCCAUGAAGCUGUGCUUAAGUUUGCUGCUGUCACAGGAGGCACUCCAAUUGCUGGCCAUUUCACACUUGGGAUCUUCACUAACCAGAUCCAAGCAGCCUUCAGGGAGCCACGGCUUCUAGUGGUGACCGAUCCCCAGGCUGACCACCAGCCCCUCACAGAGGCCUCUUAUGUCAACCUGCCCACCAUUGCUCUUAAACCGAUAGGCUAUGGUGGAGCUGGUGAUGCAAGUUCAGGUUUCCAUGGUGGUCAUUUUGUGCACAUGAGAGGGCUGCCUUUUCGUGUGACUGAAAAUGAUAUUGCUAAUUUCUUCUCACCACUCAAUCCAAUACGCGUUCAUAUUGAUAUUGGAGCCGAUGGCAGAGCAACAGGAGAGGCAGAUGUAGAGUUUGUGACACAUGAAGAUGCAGUGGCUGCCAUGUCUAAAGAUAAAAACAACAUGCAACAUCGAUACAUUGAACUCUUCUUGAAUUCCACCCCUGGAGGUGGCUCUGGAAUGGGAGGUUCUGGAAUGGGAGGCUAUGGCAGAGAUGGAAUGGAUAAUCAAGGAGGCUACGGAUCUGUUGGGAGGAUGGGAAUGGGAAACAGCUACAGUGGAGGCUAUGGUGCUCCUGAUGGCUUGGGAGGCUAUGGUCGUGGUGGUGGAGGCAGUGGAGGUUACUAUGGGCAAGGUGGAAUGAGUGGAGGUGGAUGGCGUGGGAUGUACUGACAACACCACCCCAACGUACACGCCCUAACACCUGCUCUACUAGACUUUCUUACAGAUUUCUUUUGUAUUUCAAGAACUUUAUAAUGACUGAAGGAAUGUGUUUUCAAGAUAUUAUUUGGUAAAACAACACACUGUGAUGGGAAAAUCUGUUUUCUGUAGGUUUUAUUUGUUGCAUACUUUGACUUAAAAUAAAUUUUUAUAUUCAAA